AUGGAAAUAUUGAUGAAUCUGUCAUCAAAUUUAGCCACGAAGGAGACGUCGUUUGUCCACGCCAUCAGCGCAGCAGGAGUUAUGUACACCCUGACCAAAAACUGCAGCAUGGGAGACUUUGACAACUGUGGCUGUGAUGACUCGAGGAUCGGACAAGCAGGGGGCAAAGGGUGGAUCUGGGGAGGAUGCAGUGACAACGUGGAGUUUGGAGAGAAGAUUUCCAAACAGUUUGUGGACGCACUGGAAAAUGGGCAUGACUCACGUGCGGCUGUGAACCUGCACAACAAUGAGGCAGGCCGAUUGGCAAUAAAGGCAACGAUGAGGAAAGCUUGCAAGUGCCACGGCGUCUCAGGAAGUUGCAGCAUUCAGACGUGUUGGAUGCAACUGGCGGAGUUCAGAGAGGUCGGCAAUUACCUGAAGCAGAAGCACCAGCAGGCAAAGAAACUGGAGAUGGACAAGAAACCUGCGAGAGUUGGAAACAGUGCAGUCCACCGCGGUGCUCGGGCGCUCACUCUGGGGGGCAUUGCCAAGACGGAGCUCAUCUACCUGGAAGACUCUCCGGACUACUGCAUCAGGAACCAGAGUCUGGGCUUCCAUGGCACCGAGGGCCGGGAGUGCGUGAAAAGCGGAAAGAACGUAUGGGAGAAAAAGAGCUGCCACAGACUGUGCUCUCGCUGUGGUCACAGAGUGGUAGAGAAGCGCAUCGAGGUGGUUAGCAGCUGCAACUCGCCAAGUAACGGUGCUGGAAUGAUGGGGAGUCUCUGCUUCGUGCUCCUGCUUCUGUUGUGUCCCGUGCAGGCCUGGGUCGCAAGUAACUUAUUGAUGACGGGACCAAAGGCCUUCCUGACGUACGCGCGGAGUGUGCAGGUGGGCACACAGAGCGGCAUUGACGAGUGCAAGCAUCAGUUCGCUUUGGACAGAUGGAACUGUCCUGACAGCGCCACUCAGCUCCGAGGACUGAAGAGAGUAAUCCUAUUCACUGCAGCCACAAGAGAAACGUCUUUUGUCCACGCCAUCAGUGCCGCCGGUGUCAUGUACACGUUGACAAGAAACUGCAGCCUGGGAGACCUCGAGAACUGUGGCUGUGACGUGUCCAAAAACGGGAAAAUAGGUGGUCGUGGUUGGUUAUGGGGAGGUUGCAGUGACAACGUGGAUUUUGGUGAGACAAUUUCUAAACAGUACGUGGACUCACAAGAGACAGGCCAAGACGCCAGAGCCGCUGUGAACCUUCACAACAACGAAGCAGGCCGCCUGGCAGUAAAAAGAACGAUGAAGCGCGUUUGCAGAUGCCAUGGGAUGUCUGAGAGCUGCAGCGUCAAAACUUGUUGGAUGCAGUUGUCAGACUUCAGAGACAUAGGGAAUUAUUUGAAGAACAAGCACAAUCAGGCACAAAAAUUGGACAUUGAUAAAAAGCGCAUGAGGGCUGGAAAUAGUGCAGACAACCGCGGUGCCAUCCUGGACGCGCUACGCAGCAUCGCCUCCACAGAGCUCAUCUAUCUGGAGGAAUCCCCAGACUACUGCCGCAGGAACAGCAGCAUUGGGCUCUACGGCACAGAGGGACGCGAGUGUCUCAUGCAGGGUGAUGGACUCACCCAGUGGGAGCUCAAGAGCUGCCGCAGACUGUGCAAUGAGUGCGGCCUGGGUGUGGAGGAGAGGCGUGUUGAAGUGGUCAGCAGCUGUAACUGCAAGUUCCACUGGUGCUGCGAGGUGAACUGCGACAGGUGCUCCCAGGUGGUCCUCAAACACAUGUGCGCCAGGAGGGACGCUCCCGGGGGGAACGGCUUCAAGAGGAGACACCGGGGCCAAAAGUCAUAG